AUGGCGCUAGGAGCGUAUUACGAGGCGGACUACAGACACUCAGAGGUCUAUGGCGAGGCCCACUCGACAAAUUCGCCAGACUACGCUUCGUCAACCCCCACCUCACGGUGGUACAGCACCUCGUCCGAGACUUCUUACUACAAGUCUUCCUCAACCUAUACCCCGUCGACGUCAACAUAUACACCUUCGACGUCCACCUAUACUUCGUCGACGUACACACCAUCCACAGAGAUCUACUAUCCCCCCACCCCCCCAGUCCCCCACCCGGGCCCCAACCCAACCUGCGGCGCCGUGAACCACAUCACCGUGACCGUCACGCAAAGAGUCUACCCAACCGGGUACCCGCCCCUACCUCCAGGCAGCUACUGCCCGGACGGCCCCCUACCGCUGUGCAAGGCGCCGCCACCAACAACCUGCCCCGACGGCACCGCACCGCCCUGCAAGGCGCCGCCAGCAACCUGCCCGGCGGGGUGCGCCGUGCACAGCAACCACUGCGACGCAACCACAGCGCCGACGUGCAUCUUCCCGGACCCGCGCGUACCGAACCCGCGCGCCGCGUGCGCUUGCCGGCCCGGGUACAAGGCGUCGGCGCCCGUCGCCGACACGGACACGGCCCGCCAGUGGCGUCUCGACAUUCCGGGCCAGGAGCACCGCGUGUGGGUUGCGGAAGGUGUGGCUUGUGAUCAGUUGUGUGUGGUCUCGACGGGCGUGGAUAGCUGUCGCGAGGUGACGGCGUUGCCGGCUGCUUGUGCUGGGUAUUGA